AUGGGCGCCCACACACUCCAACCGGACCAAAUUGCCCAGUACAAGCAAGUCUUUGAGAUCUUUGACAAGGAUGGCACAGGCGACAUCACCGCCGAUGAGCUCGGCCAGGUCAUGCGCGAGCUGGGCCUGAACCCCAGCGAGGCCGAGCUGCGGGACCUCGUCAGCGAGGUCGACAUCAACAACGACGGCGUCAUCUCUUUCGACGAGUUCCUCACCCUCAUGUCUCAGACGGUCAAGGAGGUGGACACGGAGCAGGAGCUCCUCAACGCCUUCAAGGUCUUUGACAAGGACGGCAGCGGCACCAUUUCGAGCGACGAGCUGCGCAACGUGCUCAAGUCCCUGGGCGAGAACCUGACCGACCAGGAGCUCGACGAGAUGAUCAAGCUCGCCGACCGCAACGGCGACGGCACCAUCGACUAUCACGAAUUCGCCAGCAUUAUGAAAUAA